CACAGCCACAUCGGAGGAAAUCAAGCUCCGAUCUGCUAGCCGUCUGAACGCGCAACGCCCGUUUGCCUGCUCACCACCUAGCCACGCGGCACUCUAGGCACGCGGUCUCGAAGCCUAUCGUCGAUGAUCCUUCUGGUAACUUCUUUGAGCUUCUCUAGCAUUCCUAAAAUGAUGGGUGAUUGGUCUCUGCAUGCAAAUGGUGCGAUUGGUAACCCGAAAGGCUGCCCGUAUGGGUGGCAAGUAAGUCAAAGGAGGGGUGCACAUACGUACGUUCGCACGUGCGACUUGAUGCCUGGAGCCGUUUGCUUUGUAUAAGACGCCCAAAGAGGUAGGCUCUAACAUUGAAUCAACCAUCACACUUCCUCAACCCACUUUACUAUACGAAUCAUCAUCAUGCCAUCAAUCGCAUACAUGAACAACUCCGCUCCUUUUUGGGACUUUAUCGCUGGUCUCGAGCAGCAAGGCUCGCAGCACCCAUUCUUUGCACAAAACCGUAACGACGGUACCGAAAACGAUCGCGAGAUGCCAACCCAAGACGCUCAGGAUCCCUUUGCUCCAUUCAGAUGGGGUCAGUUCUUUGGUGGCGAAAGGGGAAUGCCUCACCGUGGCGGGCCUCCUCACGAUCGUCCCGAACAUCGUCAUGAGAGAGCCACUGGCGAGCCAAACCAAGAACGUAGUGAACAGAAGGAGGCCGAAAAUGAUGCCACUAUGAACGCCGAGUACGACAAUGGUGAAGGCCCAUCGGGCAACUCUGGGUCUGACAAUGAUGCUCAUAACGGCGGCCGACCACAUGGUCGCUGGGGUGGAGGACGUCGAGGACGCUGCGGUCAUGGCGGCCCUGGAGGCUCCGGCCCACACCACCACCCCCAUCCCCACGGAGGCCCACCUCGUCAUGGACCACACCAUCGGGGCCAUCGCGGAGGCUGGGGCCCAUGGGCACGCGGAGGACCUUUCGGAGGCAUGGGCGGCGGACCUUCUGGUGCUGGGCGUAACGCCUGGAACUCUUUUGACCCCUCCACCUUUGCCGCCCAGUUGUUCAACCAGUUCACGGACAGUCACCCCUCCAAUACUGACAACGCCACCAAGCCUAACGAGGCCGAAGACUACACACCCGAUGCCGAUAUCUUUGACACCGAGUCUGCCUACGUCGUCCACGUCUCGCUCCCGGGGGCCAAGAAGGAGGAUGUUGGUGUAAACUGGGAUGCUGAGAAGAGCGAGCUCAGCAUCGCUGGCGUGACAUACCGCCCUGGUGACGAAGAGUUCUUGAAGACACUUGCCUUGAACGAGCGCAAGGUUGGAGCUUUCGAGAGGAAGAUUCGCCUUGGGACGAGGGCAAACCCGGCUAGUGUUGAUGCCGAAGGUAUCACAGCGAAGCUUGAGGAUGGCGUGCUCAGAGUCGAGGUCCCGAAGCUGGACUCUGGGUACGUUGAGAUCCGCAAGGUGGAUAUCGAAUAGGUGAAGGCUGUCAUGAUUGCAGGUCGAUAUGGAAACCGCGGGGUUAUCGCACGUUAUGGAUAGUUUGAUUUCGGGCGUCUUGAUUCAUAGUAUUGCUUAUAAUAUAUCUUCCCAAAAACCCUGUCGUCUACAUAUACGAUCUCAUACUUGUUCGGUCUUUCUUCUACAUACGCAAGCCAGGCAAUGCAAGACCAUCCUAAUCAAUGAGAGGGAAGUACAGCCUUUUCAAGGGGGACAUCAAGUACACUGCCUUCUGCAAAGGUAAUGAAGAGAUACUGCUAGAGGAAUAUAAAGAACCAAGGCGGCUACAUCGAUGCUGGACGUUAUCUUAC